CUGCGGUUGCCCCGAGAAUACAGGGAGUAGCAGCGCGGUGAGCCAGGGUCAGAGAGGGUGCCCGUGCGGUUGGCCCAUAGGACCGGAGGCCCGCUAGAGAGUCCCUGAGCGGGACCACACUGGCAGGGGAGGCCCAGAGUGGGCAAGACGAGAGUUCCAGCAAGAGGCCUGGCACAAGAGAGGGAGCCCAGAGUGGGCCACAUUAGAGAGGAGGCCCGGGAAGUGGGCGUACAGACCGAGCAACGUCCAUUACAUCUGCGAGGCUUGGGGCGUGGUAUCAGGGGCAGGUAGGAGCCACGCAUAGCCCAUAAGGCUAGGUUGUCCGGGGAACACCCACCAUAUCGGGAGACCCCCAGGGGGUCCAGAAGAACCGCGGGGACAGAGGUCCCGAGUAGCCGUGCCCAGGGAGUCAUAGGCAGCCUCCCAAUCAUAUGUUCCAACAAGACGUGGCGGGCGAGAAUUAGAGAGUGCCUUGGGCCGGCCUGACACGGAGCGAGGGACCUCAAGGAGAUCACGGCCCUCCGUGAGGACCCCGCCGUGACACCCUCCCUUUGACUUUCACGGUCUGUUGCAGAGUCUGAGCCAGAUCUUGGAGGUAGCCUAUGAUUUUGAGGUCCCUCUCCCCGUUGGGAAACUCAAGAGCAUCUGCUUUGCCCUGCACACCCAGGUGUGUGAUAUCGCACAGCUGCCGGGCUCAGAGAACCAGGUCAAGGUGUUCUACUGUCUCCGCCUGCUGGCCUGUCUCUCCCCAGACCAAUUUAUUUCCUUUGUGGGCUCCCGCCUCAAGACCGACAAAGAGGGAAGCUGCGUGGCAUCCCUCUCCAUCUUUAGUGGCAUCAUUGCUGCUGACUUGCCCGAGAUGAGCCAGAAAAAAUGUGCUGUAGUCAAGGCCAUGAGGUGCAUGCUUGGUGAUCAGAGCACUGAGGUGAAGAAGGCCGUCCUUCAUUUCGUCAGGACACUGCUCAGUGUGCAGGGCCUGGAUGACUGGGCCUGGGACUUAGUGGCCUAUAUUUUCAAGCAGUCCAGCUUGUCUAGGAGCCAAAUGAAGUCCAAAAACCGUUCCAGUCAGGAUGCCGAGGAGGAACAGAGCAUCCGAAUCACCUGCGUGGAGAUCCUGGAAAAUCUGGAUGUCUCAAUCAGUGGCAUGAGCCAAGUCUUAUGGCCCCGGCUGCUGGAGUACAUAGUGCCAGCUGAGUACAGCUGCACUCUGACCCCCCUGUGCCGCUGCCUCGGGGACCUGGCCGAGCAACCGCAGUGGGAGGGAGAAGAAGCAGCUUGCAUGGACCCCAGCAAAGGAGGUUUGAAAUCCAGAUCCCUGUGGUUUGAACCCGCUCCACCUGCCUCGUAGAAAAUCUUCGGUCUCUUCCAUGCACUAUGAGGAAGCCCAAAGGCGGGAGGGCCAGUUGGGUCAUUCCAAGCUGGGAGGGAGAGCCAGGCAAUGUGGGCUCCUCCAAGCCAGAGCUGCCCUAGAUUUAUGCUGUGCAACAGGGGAAUCCCAGGGCCUUUUUGCCUCAGCUUCCCCACUCAUCCAAUGAUGACUGAGCAGUGCCUGCCUCACAGAGGGGCUGGGAGUGAAGGCUGCUUGGUAAAGCUCCUUGAGAUCCAGACACGGAAGGUGCCAUGAAAGUGCCAGUUGUGCCCAGCUCCCCGAGCAGCCACAGGCGGGUG